GGUAAUUCAUGGGGAAUGGAUCAGAGGUUUUGCAUAGGAUGGAAUUGUAGGGACUCAGGAAGAGACAGAAAAGGACAGAUGUGCAGUAGAACUGGAAUAGACUGGAAAACUGCAGUCGAUGUGGGACUGACCCCUGAUACCCAGAAGAAGUAGUGGUUGUGGCUGUGUAGCAGGUCUGGUACUGACUGGUGUACAGCGUGGUAGGAGGAGGUGGGAUGUGGACAGUACGAGCAUGUCGGUGUCAUGGCGGCAGCGGGGUGAAGCGGCGGAUCAUGGCGUGCACGGCGUUCCUGACGUGCUGGUGUGGCGAGCGUUAUAACGACGACAGGUCGGAGAGGAGCGGCCGUUCCCAGGCCACGUGUGGGUCGUCAUGUGCCUAUGAAGAAGAAUACUGUCUGGCCAAUAUAGAGGAACUGCCCACACCUAAAAAGGAUUUAAGGGACUGUCCAUUACAGAAGGAGGGGGUGGUGUGUCGCCAUCGUGCCCUAUCAUCUCCAUACCCAGACGAUGAUGAGGACGGACAGUCGCACACCUCUCCCGACAAAAACGAGAUCCAGAACACGCUGCGUAUCCUGUCUGCCAAGCUGGAGGACCUCAACACCUGCAACGACUUGAUAGCGAAACACGGCGCAGCAUUGCAGCGGUCGCUGAGCGAGCUGGAGAUGCUGGAUAAAGAAAACAGCACGGACGUCCAGAGUAAAGUUAAAGCAGUCAACGAGAGAGCAACCCUCUUCAGGAUAACCUCCAAUGCUAUGAUCAAUGCCUGUGCUGAUUACCUAGACCUGGCCCAGACACAGGGCCGCAAGUGGCAGAAAACUUUACAGUACGAGCGUGAGCAGAGGUUACGGCUAGAGGAAACUGUGGAAACACUGGCCCGUCAACACAACAGUCUGGAGCAGCAGGUCCGAGCACAGGCCUCUCAGGGCAGUCUCAAGACUGCUCCCAAUGAUAAAGCCGCUGCAGAUGGGAAGCCUGAGUCCACGGCCGGGAGCGAUGACGAGGAUGGCGAGUUCUUCGACGCGAUUGACGAGACUCCAGACAGCGAGUUUAGGACAAUCACAAUUCCAGACUCCCACCUUACACACAGACGGACGCCGAGUGGAGUCAGUGCAGCCAGCAUGGCCAGCGAGGCAAGUGAAGGUGCAGGGAAAGACUUUGUGUACAUCAGCAGUUCUGACGAGGAGGCGACUGACAAGCCGGAGGAAUUUGGGGUCAAGGCCAAGAAGAAAUUAGAGCGGACAGCCUCCCAACACUCUGUAGAUAGUACUUCUUCUAGUGGUGGCCCCAGGACCCCCCAGACCCCCAGCAAAGUUCCCAAGGAGCCCCGCAGGAGAAGAAGAACAAGAAUCCCCGAGAAACCCAACAUCAGCCUGAACCUGUGGAGCAUCAUGAAGAACUGCAUCGGCAAGGAGCUUUCCAAGAUCCCCAUGCCGGUGAAUUUUAAUGAACCCAUAUCCAUGCUUCAAAGGCUGACAGAAGAUUUUGAGUACUCAGAUAUCCUGAACAAGGCCGCUCAGCUGGAGUCGUCCACAGAGCAGUUAGCGUACGUGGCCGCCUUCACGGCAUCAGCGUAUUCUACAACAACCCAGCGUACAGGCAAGCCCUUCAACCCACUACUGGGGGAGACGUACGAGUUAGAUCUCACCGAGGAGUUUGGGUGGAGAGCUAUCACAGAACAGGUGAGCCAUCACCCCCCUGCAGCAGCUGCGUAUGUGGACAGUAAGCAUGGCUGGGAGUCCUGGCAGGAGUUCACCAUGACCUCCAAGUUCCGUGGGAAGUACCUCAACAUCAUUCCACAGGGAAUAGCUCACCUGAAGUUCACAGCCACAGGAAACCACUACACCUGGAGGAAGGUCACGUCCAUCGUGCAUAACAUCAUCGUCGGCAAACUGUGGAUUGACCAGAGUGGAGAGAUGGACAUUGUGAACCACAAGACAGGAGACAAGUGUCAUCUGGUCUACACACCAUACAGCUACUUCUCCAGGGAAACUCCCAGGAAGGUGACAGGUGUGGUGACAGACAAGGAUGGACAGGCUCACUACGUCCUGUCAGGCACCUGGGACAAGAAGAUAGAGUACGCCAAGAUAGUCAAGGACCAGACUGGCGGCAACGGGCGGGGCAAGUCUGUGUACCAAACAACAGCACCUAAAGUUAUCUGGAUCAGAAGUAACCCUCCCCCCUGGAACACAACCAUGUACAACUUCACAGAGAUGGCCAUGUUCCUGAAUGAACCAGAGGACCAGGUGGCUCCUACAGACAGUAGGAACAGACCUGACCAGAGAGCCAUGGAGAAUGGGCACUGGAACGAGGCCAACACCCUGAAGGUUCAGCUAGAGGAAAAACAACGAGCCAAGAGGAAACAGCGAGAGGCUGAGGCAGCACAGGCAGCAGGAGAAGGCAAGCCCUACGAGGGUCACAAACCAGUGUGGUUCGAGAAGAAACUGGAUCCACAGACCAAAAACUUCAUCCACAUGUACAAAGGCAAUUACUGGGACUGCAAGACAAAGGGGGAAUUCUCACAGUGUCCUGACAUCUACCUGUAGUCCACAUACAUGUACACAUGCAAAUAACCAAGUCAACAAGACCCAGUGUGCAGUAUGAAACAAAACUCUCAUAAAUGUCACAAGCAGUUAGCUUUACACUAGGGCUGCGUACCUAAUCGUAACAUCAUGAUUGUACUGAGGUUUAGGCAUAGGUAACUAAACAAUUUGACAAAUUCACAUAAUUAUGUUCUUCUGAACUUCCUCAAUAACAGUAGAAACCGUUAUAAACUUCAUUAAAUCAUUAUUCAAAUAAAACAGGACAGAACUAGGCAACCUUUAUGUCUUAUUCAAACAUAACAGAACCGUGUGGAUAGUUUCUUGUUAAAUUCCUAUAGUGUCCCACAAUACUCUUACUGUCCUGAAAGAUCUAUUUGUUAUGCUCCCUCCUGGUGUCACUUUGUUGCAUGAGGCCACUAGGGUAGUGUAAAUUGAUAUUGGUAUGUACCGGUACUUUGCGAUUUGGUAUUUUGGACCUGUACCUAAUUUUCCCAGUACAGAACUGGUACGCAGCCCUACUUUACGUCAUGACUAUGUAUGUUUUCUCCACCUGGCAGUAACUUGGUACACAGUCCACCCCGGAGUGUACCUAUGCAGCAAAGGGUUGAAAGAACUGUUACCUGUAGUACAUGAUAUGGGUGUUGUGUAGAAGUGGAAUGUGGAUCCUGGUCAGCAGAAUAGUAUGUUGAACUAAUGUUUUUAUCUUUACAGGCAAUGUUUGUCAAGAGAGAAUAUACGUCUAGUAAGAUAAGUGAUAGUUUAGUCAAGUUGGAAUAGGUAGAAACAUGAUAAUAUUAUCUACUAUGUGGAUGAAAAAAAUCCUUACAACCAAACUUUAUCAGGUGUAGGUAGCAAACCAAGUGCUGGCUUGUAGUUUCAAGCUACUUUUCAUACACAAACAAGCCCAAGGAUAUCAGACACAACUGCUGUUCUGAUAGAAGGGCUUGAUGUGUGAAUACAGGUUUAUUCAAAUCAGAUUGAGCCUGUCAAUAAUAGAUUCUGACAAUAGCAGCACUUCGCUAGCUGGACCAAUCAACGGCAGUCUUUUAGAGUCACACCAUCAUGGCUCGGCCAAUGGGAGAAGGCUGUAUCAGAUGAUUGACACUAAUGUAGCUGUGUAAUAUACAUGUACUAUCAUCUGACAACCAGUAAGAAAUAGCCUGACUUUGCUAGGAAUUCUAGUUGGGAAAUAUAAGGGUUGUAAAGUUAUACACAUUGAAAAAUCCAUGUUUUGUAAAAAAAAGUAUUGAAAUGCAGCAAGAAUUUCAAUGUUUCCCUAAUUGUUGAAAAAAAGUGCAGGUGAAGCCAUAUAGCAUGUAAGAUUUGCCUUGCUUUGUCAGGAUAGUUUUUUUUUCUUACAUGCAUUACCAUUAAAGAGAGCAGAGCUCUCCAUGUUACUAGGGUACAUGUAAUGCUUGUUCUUUCAGGUAUCCUUACUGGUGGAUACUGUAUUAUUUUGUAGCAUUCAGAUGUGUAUAGAAAUGUUCUGAUAAAUGAAAGAGAUCCAGUUUGUUAGUUUUACUGACCAAAUGUGCUAUCACAGUGCUAAACUAUCCACAGAUAACAGAGCUCGCAUGAGGCUUUGCUGCAUGUAUGCAAAAAUUAUGAUUUUGUUCCAUUUACUUAUGAUUUACAUAUGUGCAGGAAGAGUACAUCUGCAUGGUGGCCCCUUCCCUAACUGUGCAAUUGAGGAUAAGAUAGAUUCCAGUGAAGUUUUCCAGUACUGAGUAGUAUGCUGGAAUAUGUUGACAUUAUGUGCAUGUUUGGUCCUUACACUAUUUCUUAUGCUGUUCCCAAGACAUACAUGUAGUGCCUAAACCAUGAGAAGAUUUGUAUAUUAUGUACUAAGAAAUCAUGUACAAUCUGACGAUGGUGUACAAAUAUGUAGUUGGUUCUACGAUGCCUUGUUGUGGGGGGUGUCACUAGGGUUUUGUGGAAAUGGUUGUCAAUUUCUAUAAUUCUGUUCAUUGAUCACUUAGUAACUCUUACUUUGUAGUUCAGGUGAGAUUGUACAGUUUACCCCGACCACUGUCAUGUAGGGUGGUAUAGGCAAUUAUUUUCCUUAGAUUUGGCUGUUUGUGUGCUGGUCUGCAUGGAGAAAAUGAUAGCAGUCUUCCAAUGAUAGAGUUGUUACCAAAGUUAGGAAGGAUAGAGCAGGCAUGUUACAAUGUUCAAGUUGAUGUUGCCAGUCCCAUUCUGUGUUGACUUGUGCAUGUAGGUAGACUCUACCUACAGAUGUUCAACGUACAUGACUGUAUAUAGAUAUUAAUGUACAUGGAUGAGCUAGACUUCAGGGGGGUGUUAAAGGGGUUUAUGGAAAACCUAAUUUGAUGUUAACAUGAAUGUGAGACAAGCUGCAGCUAUAGACAUUGCCACUGUCCUGUCAAAUCUGACAGUAACACCCCAAAGUACAGGGGAUGGGCUCGAGUGACCCACCAACUCCCUUACAUGUGUUAUACAAAAUGGAUCUCUACUGAAUAACCCUGCCUACACACGGUUUGUAAGCUCUUGGAUAAUUUUAAAGCUGUGGAGUUCACAAAUUAUUUUCCCCCUCCCAAAUGACCAGUAUGUACACAUCUAAUGUAAGAGCUAAAGUGAAAAGAUGUUGUACCUCCUUGCAGUGUUACUUCAGCCAUAUUGGUUGUUAUUUCUUCUGGCAGUAUUUUGAUGUGAUGGUCACCAUGGCUGAGUGCCCCCCUCCCCACACAAACAGAGUUCAAUAUAGAAAGCCCUUCAUCAAUAAAAGUAAUGAAUCUAAUGAUUCUUCCUCACUACUGUAGGUUGAUAAGUCAACAGAUAUUACCAUGCCAUGCUCAUAUUGGUGCUGACAAAAUUCAUGCAUUCACUGUUUUCACACUCGCCAUAAUGCACUACGUCUGUCUCCCUUAUAACCUCCUUGGUCUGUCUUAUAGCAGUGCAAUUUUACAAGUUUUCUUAUUGUGCGAAACCACAAAAUGUGAUCUGUCCAAAAUUGGUCCAUUCUUCAUGUACAUUUGUAGACUAGUUGCCCAGGAAAACAUGGCAACAUACAUUUAAAUAUUCUAUGAAGGGAAUGUGAAUUAAAACAUUUGAAUCAGUUGACAUAAAGCUUGUUUUCCUGUCUUUCUGUGGUGCCUUUCUGCUCUGCAAGCUUCACAAUUCUCUAUGGAGUAUCUUAGUAAAUGUUUUACCUUUUCCUCCAGUUUCCCUUGGAAGGGAUCAAGAAUUUUCACCAUCAUAGUUACCAUGUCUAAAAGAUACAAUGUAUAGUGAACAGUGAAUUUUCUAGUAGGAACUACAUGUAUGACUUGCUACAAGUCUGAUCUAGAGAUAAAUAGCAAAAAAUUCUUACAUGUCUACUGAACAGACAUUGCCAUGUUCAUACUGAGCAAAGAUGUUAAAUAUUUAUUAAGUGUAUGUACCUCUGUACUAUUCUAUGAAUUUUCUAUUAACAAAAGCUACCUGUCAUCAGUAAUGUACAAUGUAAAUAUCUUCAGCAACAACCUCUCAGGAUCUGUCAGAGCUAUCAGUUCUCAAGACCAGAUCUUUCCUAACUUCUGUCCUCAAACUCAAAUCCUGUCUAACUCCCAGAUACUUAACAACUCAGCAUCUUCUCAAGAUUCAUCCUACUCAAGGUUUUGACUGGUUUCCAGUCACUGAAAAAAAAACAUUUAAAAUUGCACUGCCACAAGAUGACGGGGUCCCGGACAGUAUAUUGUGGGUAGCAUGAAAACAGUGAAUGUUGUGGGGUCCACUGCAUGCUGCAUUUAGCACAAUGUAUUUUUUACCAAAAUGAUCUUGAUUACCGUUUGUGAAUUUUAAGUGUUGAACCUUUUCCCCUGAUUGGUGCUUUCUCUGGGGUAUAAUCCACCCUAUAUUGUAAAAUGGUAUCUCCCAUUGCUUUCUUCUGGAACACAGUAUUUACAAACAUAGGGGUGCGGUGGCUCCAGAGGAGCUCUGCAUGGGUUUGGAGGUGUGGACACUUCUAAUCUGUGCAAUAUGGAUUUAGACAAAUGGAGAAUGUACAGAGGUCAGAUGUUCAUUCCCUUGUUACGUACGUACAAGUAGUGGAGAUGCUUGGGGAAAACAUUAAAGAAUUUAAAUUGUA